AUGAAUACUCUUAAGAAGAGUAUAAGAUCUUGUUUUCGAACUUCAUCGCAACACGUACAUUACCAAUAUCUUCCUUUACACUACGAUCACAAGGACGACGAAGAAGAAGAAGAAACUCCACAUAAUCUUUCAACAGAACAUAUAUCUUUAGGAUUUCAUAAUUUAACAAAAGCUGUAACUGUCGACGAUAAUGACAACAAUGAUGAUCUAAAUUUGUCAAAGAAAACGACGGCUAAUAAACGAGUGUUACUUGAUAAUAUUAGUGGCAUUGUUCAUCCUGGAGAAAUAUUAGCUGUAAUGGGCGUAUCAGGUUUGUAA